AUGUCAUCACAGCCACCUUCAGCGCACGCCGUACAAGCGCAGCAGAGCAUCAAUGGUGUGCCGUACUAUCGAUCUCAUCCUGGAAUGUCCGCUACAGCUGCUGUCUCCUCGGAUAAGCCGGUUCCACCAACACCUGAAUCUGUACCGCAGGCAACGUCGGUAGCCCCAACAUGUCCAACAUCCGCGCCUGCUCUGCAACCCGACCCGGAGCAGCGCAAAGCUCAAUGGGCCGCUCGACCUGAUGCUGAUGCUGCUCGUGUCUAUGAACCGCACUCGAAACCAAGAGAUGUGUUUCUGCGGGUCCGCGUUCAUACCAUCGAAAAGGCCAAAAAGGAUCUGCUGGUGCGCCUCGAUGCGCUCACCAACCUGCCGCACUUCCGCUCGUCUUCGUAUCCUGGCGUGACACGCACCUACCGCGAGCUGUGUCUCUAUUCUCUGGCGCUAUCGCUGUCGAGUCCCGCCAUCAUCGUGCCCGCCUUGCCCUUGCCCUCCACCACUGCAAGCGGCUUGGAAGAUACCCGCAUUCUGCGUCUCAUGCUUGCUAGAUGGUUCUCGCGCGUUUUGGCCGAGCCGGCACUGCGCGAUCAUCCCGAAACUCGCAAUCUGAUCGAAGCCGACUUUGCCUACUCGCCCACGCCGCCGGGCACUGGAAGCUCUUCGGCAGCUCGCAAGCGAUUCGCCAACGCAAUGGCAAGCGCCGCUUCGGUCGCGUACGGCGGUGUCGACGCCACUGGCGCGCUUCCCAACGGCGUCCUCGCCACAUCGGCCUCGGCUGGCUCUCGCGUUAGCAGCGGCGGUGGCUUUAGCAUCCUCGGUCUUGGCGGCAGCUCGAAAGGUCUCAGCACGUCCCGAAGCGUCUACGACGACGACGAGGAGCUUGUGGCUGCGCGAGCCGAAGUGACACGCCUCGAGAUGCAGUUCGCUGACGCUGCCGAGGCGUCGGAAAAGCUGGCAAAUGCACGGCGUUCGCUUGUGGUGGCGCUCUCGGAUCUAGCUGUCAAGCUCAACAAUCUCGGAGCGGUAGAAGAGAUGCGUGCGCCGUCAUUGCGCCUCGGUCUUCCGUAUGUGCUGAAACGCACCGCCUACACGGCGCGCAGCCUUGGCGAUCUGCAGGACGCGCUGAGCAACACAGAGCUUUUGACGAUCGGCGAUGCGGUCGCGUACCAGUCGAUCAACGCGCGGGCGGCCAAGGAGACAAUGCUGGCGCGCAACGCGCUGGUCGAAGAGCAUCACAAUGCGCAAAAGACGACGGUGAGCAAAAAGAGGGAGGCGGAGCAUCUCAAGAUGCAGCGCAACCUGCGCGCGGAUCGCGUCGACGAUGCGCUCGAGGAGCUCAACGAAGCGCAACGACACGAGCAUGCGCUUGCACUGCAUUUGGGCAAGAUCAGCCAGGAGCUGCAUCACAGCUUGCAGAGCCACAGUCGGUAUGCGCACCAGGAUCUGCAGCACGCGCUGGCAGAGCAUGCGAGAGGCAGUGUGAUGUUCGCCACGCAGAUGUUGAAGGAGAUGCGUGGGUUCAAGCUCGAGUUGGACGAUGGCGCGACGAGCGCCACUGCGCCGCAGACGGUCUCGCAUGCGCGCCGAGCCGACGGAUGGCGACUGGCGGUUGCACAGAUCGGGGCGGAUGCGAGUGGCAGUGCUAGUGCGGAUGCAAGCGCGGAUGCACGAUCGGACGGCGCGGCGUCGUUGGUUGGCGAACACACGUCGCCGAUGUCGGCAGCAUCGACGGUGCAAACGCCAUGGUCAGCGUCGGAAUCGCAAGCACAAUCACAAUCGGCGUCGCAACUGCGCACGCACAUGCACGCUCCACCGGCUUCUGGCGCAUUGGCACACUCGGGCCUCUCGCAAUCCGUACACUCGACCGCAAGUGCAGCAGGCGCGGCGGAUGCGCGCCCCGCGUCCACGUCGGCUUCGGCGCGCCUCGGCACACCGACACAGUCCAUGAUCCUCGCUCGUCCCAACUCGGCGCCCAGACCGCCAUUCGGGACACUCAACUCUGGCGCGUCCGGCACCGCGAGUGGCAGAUCCCGCAUCUCGGCUGCCGAAGCCGCCAGAAGCCUCGCCGGCACUUUCUGA